GCGGUGAAGAAGGGUGUGGCCACGCGUUCGAGGGCAUCGACAUGGCGUGGCCUUACUUCCUAGACUGUGACCGAUUCUUCGCCGGCGAACAGGAAGGCUGUCACGACCCGUUGGCCCCGUUAAGAGCCAGACAUGAAGUGGCUUUCUCCAACCUGUCUCCAGAUGAACCCUCCACCAUCAUUCAGUUCGCGUACCACUCCAACGCCCAGAUGUACAGCGUUCUGAAGAGGACUGCUGCCAAGUGCUCUCACAUCUCCCGCACCUACAGUAUCGGACGCAGCACAGAGGGGAAAGACCUCCUGGCCAUAGAGUUCACAGACAACCCCGGAGGCCAUGAACUGUUGGAACCGGAGAUCAAGCUGGUUGGCAACAUGCAUGGCAACGAGGUCCUGGGUCGUCAGUUGCUGCUCUACCUGGCCCAGUACCUGUGUUCCGAGUAUCUCCUUGGCAACCAGCGUAUCCAGACGCUCGUAAACACCACGCGCAUCCACAUCCUGGCAUCCAUGAACCCCGACGGUUACGAGCUGGCGGCCGCCGAGGGUCACGAGCUCAACGGUUGGACGGUGGGUCGCACCAACGCUCAGAACCUAGACUUGAACCGAAACUUUCCUGACCUUACGUCUAUCCUCUACCGGAAUCGCAGGAUCAAACGGUUCCGCACAGACCACAUCCCCAUCCCAGACUCUUACUGGUUUGGUAAGGUAGCUUCAGAAACUUAUGCAGUGAUGAAGUGGAUCAGGUCUGUGCCGUUUGUCCAGUCUGCGAGCCUCCAUGGUGGAGAGCUGGUGAUCUCUUAUCCCUUUGACUUCUCUAGACACCUCCAUGAAGGGAUGUUCUCCCCUACACCUGAUGAACAGGCAUUUAAGCAGCUGGCCCGGACAUACGCAGACUCUCACGCCAGCAUGGCCGACAACAACACAGAGAGGUGUGGAGCGUCCUUCAUCCGAAGUGGAGGCAUCAUCAACGGAGCUCUGUGGUACAGCUUCCCAGGGGGCAUGUCAGACUUUAACUACCUCCACACUAACUGUCUGGAGAUUACGGUGGAGCUGGGCUGUGACAAGUUCCCUUCUGAAGAGGAGCUCUACCCAGAGUGGCUCAGGAACAAGGAGGCCCUGCUCAGUUUCAUGGAGUCGGUCCACAGAGGUAUUAAGGGAGUGGUGAUGGAUGAAGAGGGCUAUGGAAUAAAGGGAGCGUCCAUAUCUGUCAGGGGAAUUCGUAAAGAUGUCACCACAGGUAACCACCGUAAUAACUGA